GAGCCACAACCAUACACGUGCGGGAAACGUUUGGAUUGGCAGCAUCAAGAAGGGCUAACGCAGUCAACAGCGCUACAAAGUACAGCGAGAAAGAAAUCAUAUUGUCUUUUGUUGCCGUUUUACAGCCAAGUCAAAGGCAAAAAGUCCUCCGUGAAGCAUUUCGCCGAGAGGGCCGGAAUACGAGAAAAUAAGUCACAAUGACUGAACCAGCAGUGAACCCAAAGGCCUACCCGCUGGCCGACGCCACGCUGACCAAAACCAUCCUGGACCUGGUGCAGCAAGCGUCCAACUACAAGCAGCUGAGGAAGGGGGCCAAUGAGGCUACAAAAACCCUGAACAGAGGCAUCGCUGAGUUUAUUGUGAUGGCUGCAGAUGCUGAACCACUGGAGAUCAUCCUGCACUUGCCCCUGCUCUGUGAAGACAAAAAUGUCCCCUAUGUGUUCGUUCGCUCCAAGCAGGCUCUGGGUCGGGCCUGUGGGGUGUCGCGCCCGGUCAUUGCUACCUCAGUCACGAUAAAGGAGGGCUCUCAGCUCAAGCCACAAAUUCAGUCUGUUCAGACAGCCAUUGAGAGACUGCUGGUAUGAUUUUUGUUACACUUUUGUAACAAAAUCUUUAAAGGAUGGAUGGAUCCCUGAUUUGAGUAUUUUAUGUUUUAGAAUGCUAUCAGUAACAAAUUUACUUUUCUUCCCCUCUGGAUACUGUUUUCUCUUGGUAUACUUUUUACAGAGCCAUCCCCUGUUAAUAAACAUGUUUUUUUAAUUAAA